AUGAGCAUCCUCUUUCAACGACUCUAUUGGACACUGGAAAGCCAAUGGUGGGUGGUACAAAACCACGCACCGAUGUUGGAGACUUGUGCCACAGCGGGUAGCUUCACAGCUCGUUUGAUAUCUAUUUGGGCUCCCUUGAUGUGCUUUCCUCAAUGGUUCGCCAUUGGAAUGGGCACCGCUGAGGGAUACGCCAUUUUUGCGGCACGCUAUUCGGCCAUGUGCAUUGUUCGCUACUUGGAUGGAAAAAUUCCUUGCACUCGUGCUUUAGGGAUCUGUCAUAUUUCUGCGUUGGGUCCUCUACUUUUGUGGCUUGUGUUGGGAAGGCGUGAAGAUCGAUACGAACAGGGAGACAUCAGUGCUUCUUUCCUAAGCAUGGAAAUCAAGAUUAUUGCUCUUUGUGUUUUUAUGGACAUUCGGGACUUCCUCUUGCACAUACAUGAUUGGGUAUCCUUAUCCCUGCUACAUUCGAGUUGCGGUUCAAGCAGGUGCCAUCAAGGACGUGACCGAUGUGAAGGCCCGAGCCAAAGUGCACUGGUGGUCAGCGAUUGUGGGGCCUUGAAGGUGAGGAGGUUAGCAUAUGCCCUGUUUCUGGUUUCUUUUCAUUUUGUCGCUGCUCACUUUUCGACGCACUUCAACAAAGUGAUGUCAUGA